AUGGCGGACACAACUUCUGCUGAGCAUAUUGAUGAAAAUGUCUCUCCAUUUUCCUCGGAGGAGUCGCCAAACAUGUCAGACAAUGGAAACAGCAGCGCCAGCGAUGACCCUCUCGACCACUUCCAUGAACUUGCCGGCACCAUCAUGGACCAACUUGGCAGCAUUGGAUCAACCAUCAGCAAGGUGGUGGAGAAAGCAACUACGCUCGACGAUACCUUGAACCAAAUCAUUUCCUCGAUCGAAGAAACCCAAUCCAAAAUCCUGGAGAGCAUCGCCCGCGUACAGGAUGAUUCUGGGUCUAAAUGCACCUGCUCCAACAGCAACGCCAUACUCGCAGAAGCAAUAGGUCAUAUUGUUAGCCACCUGGAGCAACUGUCUCUAUCCAAAUACGCUCGCAAAGACAACACCGCCUCAUGCGCCACCCCAAUCACAGCACCCCGAGAGAGCCGCUCCAUCCAGGAGCAAAGUUCCAUAUCCACGAAACAUUUCAAUAGAACCCAUCCCCCGUUCAUUAGGGAGGAGGCCAUAACCCUAAGGGACCAUCCUGAGGAAGCUCAUGAGAACUGGUCAACUACUGGUCAGUGUUCCUCUCCAAUCGUACCGCGGAUCCGUGAAGAAUCGUCGAGUAAGGCUCGAAGGACGCAAGUGGGACCAGCAAUUGCAAGCCAGAACAAUCCGGUAGAUCAGCUUGCCCACGCUCGACGCCUGAUAGCGCAUCUCAUCCCACGUAGGGGUCGACUUUCGUUACGUCCAGAUGAUCUAGUUAAUGGCGUAAUAGUUAACGGAUUCGGCCCCCUCCUCCCUAGAGGAGAGGCAAUGCAAACAGGCCCAACGGCUCUCCUUAGGCAACAUCCAAGUCGUCAGGAGCAGCCGAACCUGGCUAUGGGCUCUCCUUCAGCUAACGUGUUCCAGCCACCUCCCACCAUAAGUGGGCAAACGAGAACUGUGGGCUUUAGAAGGGCCCACCGUACGCACCCUCGACCUGCUCCAAUAUACGAAUUAAGCCCCGACACUAUCGUACCUCCUAUCUCAGGACCAAGGAACUCGUCUUCAACCGAGAUCAAUGCCGCUACGAACGCCCAGAGUCCCGUUGGCCAGGAACAGACGCAACUUCAUACUCCAGGUGGCACCAGCAAUACUGCGCAAGACCGAGCAGCACCUAUUCAUGACGAUAACAAUUCCCGCCCUGCCAGCGCCAAUUCGAUCGAUAGCAGGCGCGGUUGGCCUUUCUUUGGCCGGAGGAGCAAGAAGCGCGAUUGUCAAAUUCAAUGA